AUGAGCUUUUUUAACCAGAUCGGUCGCUCUAUGGGCAUAUCGCCCAAGUACAAAGGUCGGCAUGGCCAUCCUGCAUCGCUGGAACAGACGUUUGAUGCGGCUAUGCCAGAGGCGUACAUGGGGCAGGCGCCUGCCACUUCGCUGCCUCCUACCGUCGCAGCGCCCAAACCGCUGUACUUGUGUCAGCCGUUUGUGCGAAGUACGCUGAUCAAAGGGUCCUUCCGUACGAUUGUGGCGCUGCCUAAAUAUGUGAAUCCGUACGAGUGGAUUGCCGUUAAUUUGUUUGACCUCUUCCACAACCUUAAUCAGUUCUGCGGUGUAAUUGCGGAGACAUGCACGCCGCAUAACUUCCCGACCAUGUCAGCUGGCGUGGGUCUACAUUAUACGUGGGUCGAUGUCCAUCGCAAGCCUAUUCAUUUGCCUGCGGCGCAGUACAUCGACUUUGUCAUGACAUGGAUCGGCCAGCUUUUAAAUGAUGAAGCGGUCUUCCCUACCAAGCCCUCACGCGAUUUCCCCCCUACAUUCAUGACCACAGCCAAGCAAAUGUACAAACAAAUGCUGCGUAUCUUUGCUCACAUAUACCAUGCACACUUCCCACUGCUUCUUCACCUGAGCUGUGAAGGCCAUGUCAAUUCGCUCUUUGCUCACUUUAUUGUGUUUGGCAAAGAGUUCCAACUCUUUGAUUUCCGCGAGUUCAAAGGACAUGGCGACCCCGCGUUGGGCUUGCCCGCGUACCGAUGA